AUGCCUUCGAUGAAAGGGCCCGAUGCAUGCCGGACCUGCCGUCGUUCGUUCAGCACGACAUUGAAUCCAUGUGUGGCCGAUCCGCAGCCUGACAACCUGUUGAAACGACGAGCAGCCGGGGCUGCUCAAUGCAAGCCAUGUUUCAAUUUCAUGAUGGGUGAGGAUCCUUAUCGGAACAUGUCUACGGAGGAGCGAUAUGCAGUUUGUGAAAGUGAAGAGGACCACAAAAACUUCAUGGGCAAGCUCAACAACUGGGAAGAGGCGAGAAGAAAAGGAGAACGUCGUGCUCGAGGCACGGGUUCAGGCCGUGCGACUUGCGAAGCCGUCGAUGAAUCUGCUCUUGAAACCAGACAAGUCAUGGGCUAUCUAUGGCCUGUUAGUUUAUUGAAAUCCCACAACAAGCCGGUGCCGAAGAAGUUGCAAUCGAUCCCGCACAUGGGCCGCCAAGUCAAGGGGGCGAUCCUGUCCGAGUUCGUCGUUGGUGCCAUUGAAGUUGCGACCCAGUCUGCCAAAAAAGCGCGGAAGACGACAUGUGUGAUGGAUGACACAUCAGAUCAUGAUGAUCCUUCUGCGGCCUUUGCUUCCAUGCAGAAAUCGAUCGCGAUUUCCUCGGUGGCUUCGUCGGCGGAGGGCCAAGACAUCCAGCUGCUGAAGUCCAAGACCAAGGGCAACACGGACAGCGAUGACGAGAUGGCGGCAAUCUUGUGGGGUGACAGCACCAUCGGUCAUGCGAAAGCCACAAAAGAUUCGGAUUCGGACGAGGACAAGCCCAAGAAUCCCAAGAGCAAGAGAAAUCGCACUCGUGGACGAGAUAGCACUCCCACCACUUACAGUGGUGGCAUUGGCGGCACAUCGGACCAAUCGAUUCCUGGAGGCGACCUAUCUUCAUCGUCUGUUACUCCAAACAUCCUUGGUGGCUCGAGCAACACGAAUCCAGCUUUCUCCAGUCUCUCCACACUUCUGCCAUUGCCAUUGCCGCCCAAGUCUUCGAAGAAACGUGGCAACGAAGUCAGGGAGCUGGAGCGAAGCGAACAAGUGUGCUUGCAGGCUGAGCAUUUCAAGGCUGCAUUGCAAGAUCCGAGCACCAAGCUGGAGCUCAGCAAAGUCCUCAAGCUUAAAGAGAAGAUCCAGCAACGAUUAACGGACGAGUUCACGAGCUCGUACAUGGAUGCCGUGCGAACACAAGGACCUGAAUGCCGUGCCGCCCGUGUGUGGGACAAUUUGAAGGACUCCUCUCGAUUGGCUGAGCUGGCUUGCGACUUCAUCGAAGCCUUGGCGGACCAGGAAGCUACUCCAGACACAUUGUCGUCACGGGCAAGAAGUUUGGAGGAGCAGGCUUCAAUCAAGCUUCCUCGCAGCAUCACGAGUGCAAUCUGUCGCAGGUCAGCAGAGGAGCUCACGCAGGCCGGCGACUUUGACAAGGUCAUUGCAUUCUUGGAUCCAGCUGCAAAGCGAGACUUUCCGAAUGGUAUCGCCGCCGUCAUGCCUGCCGAGGACCCCUCGAAUCCAUCCACACCCGCUUCAGUUCCAGAUGAUGUUCGGGAGUUCCAGGUCACAUGCCUGGUCGCCUGCCUUACCCAAUUGUGCAUGACACCUAUUCCGCCUGUGCCAAAGGACGGAACCGAGGACGAGAAGCUUGGCCAAAAGAGGCAGGAAGUGUUGAACGGCACGAUCGGCAAGCUAAACGACUUCUUCAAAGUUUGGCAAAGCUCGUCUUUGUGCUCCCAGUUCUCCGAGGCGAAGCAUUUCAUUGUCGACGAGAUGGCAAAGUUGGCUAGCCUCGUGACCGCAGCAUUGAACACGACCCCGGCUUUCAUGGAAGCUGCUGCUUGCGAGCAGCUGGAAGCUACGAGAACCGGUUUGCUGAAGGCCAAGGCGGGAGUCUUCUAUACCGCGAUCGCCAUGAGCCCGAUAGGGGGUGAAGUUUCUGCUCGUGUGUCACAGCGAGUGCAACAGAAUCGUGCAGACGUCAUUUUGUCCAUGGACCUCGAUUCAGCCUUCGAGAUUGCCCAAGGUUUGAAAUCCCUGAACCCAGAGAGCCUCCUCAAGACAAAGGACGGCGAGGUGGAGGUGGUCGUUCCUCACCAGCACAAGAUCGUGGAUAUGGUUUCCAAGUUUGUGUGUUUCAAGGAGAAAGCGAGCAAGGAUUUGCAGAAUCGUUCUGUGGAUCCUUUGACCUUCAUCGAGGGCAAGAUUAUGGCAUUGUCGUCUUCGCUGGAGAUGCUGAUCACUCAAAGAUAUACAAGUAAGUUCAAUGAAUGCAUGUCACCAUUGAUGGCGGCAAUGAUGAAGGGUGCCUUGGGCGAGGACUCCCACAAGUUGUACGAUAUGGUCGUGAGCAUGGCAACAUAUCUUCCAUUGGGCAAACUUCCGCUUUCUAAGAUCCUCGGAAAGGCUUCUGCCGAGGCUCUUGAGCGACGGCUAGCUGUCGUGACCACAUACAUGGGCUUGCUCAAAAAUGGCUUUGCAUUCAUUGUGAAGAUGCUGACCAAGGAUUUCAACGAGGAUCUGCUCUCGCAGCCUGUGGUCACAGAAUUCUACACCAAGCUCCAGGACAAGGAGGCUCGCAGCCUGUUGGCAACCACGGCUCCCUUCCUUGAGACGUCCUUCAAAGCAAUGCUCGAUGCCAUGCAAGCAUGCCUCACCACUUGGCUCGGUCAAGUCGGUUCCACAUUUGUGAAAUUCCUGAACAAGCUUGCCGAGCCCGACGUGAUUGUGGAUACGGUUCGGGCCACCCUCCGGGAGGAUGUCCUCGGAGCCUUCGAUGUCAAGGCCGUCAAUACCGAGGAGGCCGAGCUCGAUUGGUUCUUCGCUUUCAGCAACUAUAUCAAGUAUAUGGGCACCCAGCAGGUGUUGUUGCCUGGCGAGGGUGUGGAGUCUAAGCAUGUGCAUGCCGCAUAUAUUUGUGUGGCUGGUGCCUUGCUUCGCAUCGCAAAGUAUGUGAUGGUGAUCCUGAGCCAGGAGAAGGUGUGUCAUGAUGCUAAGGUGCUCUUGUUCAAGGAGAUGUUGCAUGCAUUCAUGUCGGCAGCGAAGGGGUCGUCCCCAGAGUGGGAGACGAAGAUGUCUAGGUUGAUUGGUUGCCAGCAUGUGUUCGAGAAACUUGCUCAGGUCACCGGACUGUUUGAUGACAUGUUCGAACAAGCUUGCAGCAUCACUGGUGGCAUGGAUAGUGUCACGGCAUUUUACAAGGCCCUGCAGAAGAUCACCGCAGCAGCGGCCUCCGAGUUCGUUGCGGCAAUCGGCGCCGAUGUCGCGAGCCUGCAGGAUGCUGUGAACACCCUGUACAAGGAUCUCAUCGCCAAGAACGAUCUUGAUAAGAUCUUCAAGUCGGACGUUUUGGACAAGCAGAGCAUGCUCGCCCUAUGCACCGAUCCCAAUAUGCAAGGACUUGUUCUAUCUUGUGCCAAAGCAGAUCGCUUCUUGUUGGAGGUCGGGGGCAUGCUUCCGCGGAUGAAGAAUUUGAAGGUGCCUCAAUGGAUGUCCGAAUCGUCGGCUAAAUUGAUCUCGGCCCUCCAAGACGACGUGCAGAAGUUUCAGGCGAUGGAUGGUUCAGUGGACAAGGACAAGCAGGCUUGCAAGGUUUCCAUGGCCACGGUCCGUUAUGUGAACGGCUCCAUGACACUCAGCCAGGCCUUGAGUAGGGAUUUACAGCCGGGAGAAACUCGUAUCGGACUAGUGGGCCGAUGCCAAAAUAUCCUGGCUAAGAAGGGCAUAGCUGUGGAACCCAUGUUGUUGAAGAAAGUCUCCGCCAUGAAAGGCGGCAAGUGA